GCUUUCUGCAUGCAUUAGCUCUUCACUAACCUGUCAUUAGGGAAGCUCAUAUAGCUUAUGCAGUAGGCAGAACAAAAUACCAAGGAGGAUGUCUAUAGCCCUCAUACCCACACCCAUCUGACAGACAAUAUCCAUUAAGUGACUUAAUUUGCGUUGCAGCUUGGUGAAGUAGGAGAAGGAAAAACGUAAAGGCUUAAAUCAAAACGGAAUCUAUGUGAAACUUUGGCAACAAUUGACCUACCUUUGGAAUUGAUUUUUGGCAGGUUCUUUGUUUUGAGCCACAGACAUGACUGCAUCUAAUAAAACAGGAUGUGGCAGUGAAAAUGUGUUCGAUUUCUUUUUUGAAAAGAAGCAGAUUAAAACAAGAGAUGGUGCCGCUAUUAGAUGGUAUCAUGCCGUGAACAGCAAAGAAUAUUUGCAAAAGGCAUUGAAAAGUGCUGCUCAUAUGCUAGAAGCAGAUGUCCUCUUGGGAGGCCAAGGAUCACUGACUAAAGAACCAGUCAUGGCUCAUUCCUCAUCAAAUGACAGUGACUGCACACUCCGGGAAUGGCUGGAUGCAGUACUAAAAACUGAUAAGGGCAUAAAGCUUGAUUUUAAGAGUUUAGAAGUUGUUGAACCUUCUAUGAAUGUACUGGAAAAAGUAAAGGAACACCUGCAAAGACCUGUUUGGCUGAAUGCAGACAUUCUGAUGGGCCCUUGUGGAGAAAGCCCUACAGUAGCAGCACAAUCUUUCAUUGACAUUACAACUUCUUACUUCCCAGAUGCUGUGUUGUCAUUGGGAUGGACUACGGGGUGGCAUCCAGAGAAAACAAAGGAAGGUUACAGCUGGGAGAUGGUUAAAGAAAUGGAGCAUCUGUGUAAGCCACUCAAACAACCCAUUACUUUCCCUGUAAGAGCAGCUCUUGUAUUUCAGUCAAAGCCACAACUGCAGUGGUUAUUAAAGCAGUCAGAUAGUUACAGUCUGACUAUAUGGAGUGGAAAAGAAGACCAAUACUGUUUAGAAGAUUUACUGAACUUAAGGGAAAACCUGUCAAAAGCCCAGGUCUUCUAUGACAUAUUUGAACCUCACCUUUCAAGAUUCUUGGUUGCUAGUGGAAUGCAAAACAGCUGUUAACUACCAAACUGGGUCUUCUCUGAGGGCGCUGAACCUCUGCUUUUAUUUUAUAACUUUUGGUUGCUCUCAGAAUAAAAUACAACUACUGACUGCUAAGUGAUGCCUUCGGUGACAUAUCUGAACUUCAGCUUACAUGUGUUCUGGCUGCUACUGGAAUGAAAACUACAACUACUUUAGAAAGAUGCAUACAGAUGAGUUAAAAUGAGGCUUCAAAAGCAUACUGUUUGAAUGUGUUGUACCAUAUAGAAAUGUAGUAGUUUACAUUUUCAUCUAGGCUGGAAUGCCAUUUGUUUUUCACA